GUUGUGGUGUCGCUGAGGGGGGAAUGUUGUGAAUGACUGAGGCAGCAGAGCAACUGAGUGAGACUAACAAGUGGUUGCCAUGCAGCAAGGAGCAAGCGUGCGUGCUUCUGGAGGGGGAGAUAGAGAAACAGAAUGAUAAUGAGUAGGAGGCAGCAAGUAAGGGAGCAUGAGGAGAAGGGAUGCAUCUGAGAGAAGAGACACAUAUCAUAGCCUGAUCAAGCCUCUCCCUCGCUUCCCCCUUUCUGUCUCUUUAUGUCGAGCUUUUUGUUUGGACGAGAGGUUAGCCCAACACAUCCGCUAUGCCGGCAAUUGAUGUAUUAAUGGAUAUAUGUCUGGGGAGGAGUUGCUCGCAGGAGGCAGCAGCAACAGGUCUGUAAGGAUGGAACGAUAAUGACGGUAACAUGCAGGCUUCUAAACGCCUGACCCUAUCGGAGGAGAGAUGAGGCACCUCGAUGAUGGUUUACCAUGUUUAGCGUCCACUACAACCACUCCCUUGCUGCCAUGAGCGGAAACGACAUGAUGGCGCACUCGCUGACUCUGGAGCAGAAGACAGCAUUCGCCUUCGUGGGGAUGCUACUGGUGUUCCUGGGGCUGCUGAUAGUGAGGUGUUUCAGGAUCCUGCUGGACCCCUACAGCAGUAUGCCCUCCUCCAACUGGGCCGAUGGCAUCGAGGGGCUGGAGAAAGGGACGUUCGAGUAUGCCCUUACUUAACACUGGGACACACACAUCCACAGAUGUCCUCGCGAUCAGAAAAUGCCUAUAGAUACACAUACAUAUGGAUACACACAGACACAAAUAAUGCUCGCUUGAAUACAUGCAAACACACAUAAACCACAGCCCCACUCAACCAUUGCUCCUGACACUGACGCACCAUCAAGGCAACUCUCUGUGACAGACUCAACUAAGAGACUGAAGCUGUGUAUGUUGUUCAAUGUGCGUGCGUUGUUAGUUCAGAGCCAGUGUAGAGUCUCUCUACUGUAUGUGACUUACAUGUCUGUUGUGUGUCUGACCAAGUGUGAGCAAGAUGCUGUGUCAUAUUCUCUGCCCCUCUGUCAGGGCGUCGUGCAUUUCCGAUCAUCGAUUGACAAGUGGCGAUUGGAAAUGGCUGGAGGCCCCUUUAACCCAUGCCUACAAGAUGAAUGUCUGUGUGAGGUGGAUGCUUGUGGGAAAGGAUGGAGAAUUUGGGUGCAGUGGGAAUAUUUAGAUACUGUUUGAAGACUCAGGGACAAGAUUCCUCAUGCGAACUCAGCAUGUGAAACAGAGUGGUUCCACCUCUGCACAAGAAUGUAUACUGUACGGUUGGAUACAGGGUAUUAUGUUAAACUAUUGCUUUGUGGACAAAUCAAAUCCAAGCUGUUGGUGAUCCAAAGGGAUGCUGCUGCCGCUGCAGUGUGUGUGUGUGUGUGUGUGUGUGUGUGCAGAUUGGUUCUUUUCUGUGGUGUCUUUUUUUUUUUUAAUCAUGCAGUGAAAGGCAACUGAACAAACUGUGAUUUUCAUUAUGGUGUCACCAUUUCUAAAUGAUGCAAAAAUAGCUCUUGAAGGGUUUGUAUUGCUGCUGGUUUUGAAUGAUGACACGGUGUAUGUUGCCAAAAGUACAUGUCUGAGUGAAAGAAAACCCCCCCCAACUGUUUACGCUUGACAGUAUGUCUGCAAAGACAUAUGAUAAUGUUGAUUCACGGACUGUCAACAUUUCCAUCCGUAUAAAGUUUGGCUGAUGCAGCCGAGCCAAAGAACAUUCUCGGGAAAUGGGGAUUAGAAACUUGGAGGAACUUUCUCUCUCUUUCAGCGCUUUUAGUUUUGUAAUGACGAGGAGAAAUGUUCACUACCUGUCCGCAGAGGAAAAGGUCACAUGGUAAAUAGGGGUGGGAUGUCUGUCAGCGCUGCACGGGAAAACCUUCUUCCGCCUGUUCUCAGCCAUCCUCACCCAUUCACACACGCUCCCCUACCCUCCAGACCGAGGAAGACCGGACUGAACAGAGAUUCUGUAAUACAGCAGGCUGGUCCAAGUCUUGAGUGUUCCUUUGCUAAUUUCUACAGUCUAUGGUUUCUCCUUAGUGCUGUGAAUCUGCCUUACUGUGACCUUGAAUGGGUUUAUGUGCCUUCAUCUAGAAACAUUAGAGCACCUGUGUGUGUGUGUGUGUGUGUGUGUGUGUGUGUGUGUGUGUGUGUGUGUGUGUGUGAGUGUGAGUGUGUGUGUGUGUGUGUGUGUGUGUGAGUGUGAGUGUGAGUGUGAGUGUGUGUGUGUGUGUGUGUGUGUGUGUGAGAGUGUGAGUGAGUGAGUGAGUGCGUGCGUGCGUGCUUGCAGGCAUGUGCGUGUGUGUUUGGCAUAUCAUGAUGACCGACAGUGCAUCUUGUGACCCGUUGCUUGCUCAGCUGGUGGUAGAGAUUUCUCGUUGAUAUAGAUUUGAUUCAAUGAUGUGAAAUAAAUGGAAUUUCUUCACUUUAAAAUGCUGUUGGUUAAACCAUUGCUUUUUCGGGGUCUCUCAGUGCAAUCUGCGGAGCAUGUAAAGAAUAAGAGAUCAGUUUUACAAAUUAGAAUGAGACUUUGGGUGACAGAGAGGAGCACUGGAGCAGGAGAAAAAGAGGUGAUCAGAAUUUUUAAAGCGCAAGCAGACAACUUAUUGGCUGAAAUUCGUGAUUGAACAGCGUAAUGGCGUUAGAAAAACCACACCAUCUGCUCUUGGCCACGGGCUCGUUCUCUCUUUGGAGAAAUGACCACUCGAUUUACGGGCCCAAAGGAACUGCAUCGCCCAUUGCGUUACCCUACCUUACCGUCCUUGUGUCUAUUCCCAG